CAAGUCAGUUACAAAGACCUCGUAACUUUCUUGCGUUUUAAAUUCAAGUUUUUCUAGUUUUCUAAGUGUAAGAGUGAUGGAUACCAUCAGGAAUCCAUAAAUUAUUAAAAUGUUUUACGUUCCUUACUUAAGUUUUUUCAAGAUUCAAUUACUAGAAGUGUAAAAGUUUGACUAUGGUGCCUCAACAGCAAAGAAGAAGGCGUCGACGAGCUGUAUUGUCCAAGAAUGCAGAAAGACGUGUUGUAGUAGUUAGAGGAGCUGGUGGUUUUGGAUUUACAAUUGCAGGACAGCGUCCUUGUGUCGUUUCUGCCGUCGCAACCGGCGGACCGGCAGAACGAGCAGGUCUCCGUACUGGAGAUGCUUUACUGGCUGUGGACGGAGCCAAUGUUUCGCGAUCUCCUCACGCGUCCGUAGCUAGGACUAUAGCAGGAGCGGAUGGGCCGAUUGCACUCACAGUUGCACCUAGAGAAUCUCCACCUACUGAUACAGAAGAUACGGAACCAGAAGAGCGUGCUAGAACUCGUAGAAGAUAUCCCCCCCCGCGAAGAAGGCCACAGCCUGCUGUCUUACAUCAUCCGGGUUGUCAUGCUGCUCCUACAACAUCCGGCAUCAGCGAAAUUCUUCAAAACUUAAGUCGCGCUCAGCUUGCGCCAAGCCAAGCUGCGCGGUUGGAAUGCCGGGCAGUUGUGGGCUAUUUAGGCACUAUAGAAACACCUCAAGCUACAGCCAAUUCCGCUCCAGAAAACGUCAGAAAUGCUGUAAGAAAACUUCGUCAAGAAAGACGAGCAGCAACACCAGUCCUUUUAUCAGUACUCCCUAGUUCAUUACUACUUAGAAGACCAUCUGGACAAGUACUAGCUCAGUAUCAGCGAGAAAGAAUAGUUUACGCUGGUUGUGGUUCCGAAGCUGAUAGAAGAUUCUUUGGACUUGUAACUGCAGCGGAAGUAAGUGAUUCGGAAGCUGAAGUGUUCUCUCAUUCUUGUCAUGUUUUUGUGGUGGAUCCGCGAAUGACAGAACACGAAGGGCAUGUAUCAAGAGCUAGAGAGUUUCAAAUUAAUUGUACAAGAGAUCCUGUUGCAGAGCGCUGCUUAGAAUUUCCGCCAUCUGCUGAAUACGUCGUAGGAGUUAUACGAGGAAUGUUCUCUUUGCCACCUGACGAUUGUGCUAGUCCUGUACUUCAGCAAAUAUCUAAAUUAGCCGUGAAAAGUGAAAGUCCAGCCCCAAGUAAUUUCUCACGGUCUAAUAGACCGGCAUUCAGACCAGUCCGCGAGAGAAGACCUUGUAGACAUGAAGAGAUUCGAAUGGAGCCUGAAUUUGUUGCUAACUCUCCCCAACCGAGUAAUCACAGUGAAAUCACAACUACAUCGAGUAACAGCGACUCAGGCAUUGGUUUUCAUAAUGACUGUAGAAAUAUUGCAGAUAGAAUAUUGGUUGUUGACUUCGCGAAUCAGCAGCCAGUUCCGAAUCGGUAUCAUCAAGAAAUUUCUCGGCCUCUAGGCUUGGUUGGCUGUAGUAGUUUUGACGCAGAUGGUUCAUUUUUAUCUAAUACAACACCAGUAGUUGAUGGAUUUGGUGGACAAGGCAGACCAUUGAAUUUGGAUGACGUAAUACUAAACGCAAAUGAUUUGGCAAGGCAUAAUCCUAGAAGCGAAGAUGACAAUUAUAAUUACAAUAAUAUAUAUGGUAAUAUGCCAUCAGGUUCGCGAGGGUUCAAUGGUGCAGUGUAUGACCAGGUAUACACAGAGAAUGAAGGACACUAUGAGUUUAUACCAUCGAAUUUGGAGAUGGAUGAGGUAGAUCGCGUUGGCGAGACUUUUAACUCUGUGGAGAUUUACGAAGAGCGAGCGAGACAUCCGGACUAUCAUUCUAAUGAGUCGGUGGAAAAUGUGACAGUUAUUUCAGGGAGAAGUAAGAUUAGUAUGGACACAGUAUCAGUAUACUCGUCUCGGAGUCAUGAGGAGGCUCGGCCGUCACGAAGAAAGCAUCUUCAAGCUUCGUUGGAUGAUAUGCUUGUACUUGGACUGCGGGAUCAAGCUCAAGGGUCUGAUAAAGAUGAGGGUAAAUUCUUGCAUCCCGGAGCUGUUAAAUGCAAGGUUCGCAAAUCUAUCAAACCUCUUAACCUAUUAUCAAAAACGAAGAAUAUGUUGACGGGCAAGAGUGACAAACGGGAGGAGGACUGUCGGCGUAGAUCGUUAAGCGCAGGCGCAGGCGAUGAAUCACACGUCGAAGAUGCGUUGCCUGCUGCUGCCAGUGAACCCGAUCUAAGAGAUUCACAGAGUGAUCAGUCAUCACCAUUCCGCCGGUGGACAACGGGUAGUGGCGCGGGCAGUUCCUAUAGGCAUCACGAGCAUCGCAAUAUUUAUAAUAAACAAAUGAGCGAAGGUGGCAACCCUGGCGGUGGUAAAAGCGGCGGCGGCGUUGCUCGCUGGUCACUUGGCCUCGAACACCUGCUUGCAGACUCGGCCGGCGCGGCUGCCUUUGCCCACUUUUUGGACAAGGAGUUUGCCGCCGAAAAUAUUAGAUUCUGGUGGUCCUGCGAACAGUAUCGUACGUGUUCGGAAAAUGAGUCUGAAAGCGUUGAAGUUCGAGCGUCGCUCGCGAAUGAGAUCUGGCAAAGGCAUUUGGGUGACAAAGCCCCAGAACCAGUGAAUAUAGACGCUACUGCAAAGCGGGCUACGGCAUUACGCCUAGAUCAAAGGCCACCUCCGGCUGAUUUGUUUAUUCAGGCUCAGAAACAAAUAUUCAACGUUAUGAAGUUCGACAGCUACCCACGAUUCCUACGAUCAGGAGUGCACGCUGAAUGCGCGCGCGCAGAUCUACGUGGUCUUCCCUGUCCUUAUCUACCGCCGGCUGAGACUAAUAAUAAAGUGAAAAAGUCGUCGUCUAACGCAUCAGACAGACGUCGCAGCGGAGGCGGUUCCCUAUUGGGCUGGAGGCUGCGCUCUGCCUCAAGAGAUCGCGUUGAAGAAGAUACACCACCAACCACAGAUGUGGUUGCAGCCAGUCAAACGUUAUCUGGAGGCUGUUCACUUUGCCGUGUAGUGUUACCGGAUGGAGCGACAUCUGUGGUUGGCGUAGACGAGGGCGUGACGGUGAGAAGAUUAGUAGACCGUCUACUGCAAAGGAGAAAUCUACUGUGUACUACUUACGACGUUCUGCUUGAUGAUCAGGGCGAAUCCCGCGUGAUUGACGCCGAAACACCAUCGACAAUACUCUCGGGCAAGUGUGCGGUCGUAGAGAGACGUUGUGUCGUGCGCGUACGAAUCGGACCACGCGCCGUGCUCGUUAGAUGUCGCCCCGCAAGACGAUUACGUCAUGUUCUCAGGCCGUUAUUGCAACGAUACCCUCCAGAUGGAAAUGUGAGGAAUGUACCCACAGAUGCGCAGGCGUUGCAUCCUGAUACAUCAUUACAGGAAUUAGACGGCGCUCGGUUGCAAAUAGUAGAAUUCGGUGAAGGAGAAUGGCGCGCUGUGAGAAUUCACCAGAGAGGGGAAAGAGAAGAUGACGCUGACUCCAUACCUGACGUCACUUUAAGACCUCACGAUGAAGAUACGCUGAGUAUAGACCGCACUUCUGGCAGUUCUGGAGGCCUUAGCGAGGCGUCACGUAAUGGGGUCAACACAGAUGGUCCCAAUCCCCAGUCCUCUUUGUCUCAAGGCCCCGUACCUGCUAAUAGAGUUAGAGCCACUUUACGGCCCGGCCCACCCUUACAUCAUCACCCACCGCAUUUCUUAGAGAAUCUCCGUGAAACCCAGAGGCAACGUCUGCAACCGCGGACACCGCCGCCCCUUCCGCCUAAACCCACGCAACGCACAGCGCCCACUGUUGUCUGAACGCCGAAACAAUAUAAUCGGAUAAUCGUGUACAAUCUUACGAUUCGUCGUAAAUGCCAUAGUGCAAGAUGACGGAGUUAAAUGCAACAUUAUCUAACGAUAUAUGAAGGCGCUUCAAACAUAUAUAGGGACAGUGGAACAACACCUACCACCUGUAAUGGAACAUGCCUGAAACGCAAUGUUCCAAUCAUUGGAUCUGACGAGAUCAAAUUAUUUUGAAUAAUAUUUUAUAUAUUAAGUAUUUUUGAGACUAUUAAGUGUAAACAAUCUUAAAAGAUUGAUAGGUAUUUUUAUUUGAAUAAUAAAAAUCUUUUCAUAGACUUAUGUAAUCUCCUUUGAAAUCUUAUCAUUCCAAAUGUAUACCAGUGAAAUAAUAGUUAAGUGCUAAUAAAUAAAAACAAGCUUUACUUUGCAAUAAUAAUAAUAUGGCAAUACAACAUAAUAAAGGUUAAAUAUUGCUUUCAAAAUGAAAACAAAUCAAAGUACAUAUUAUAAUUCUUACUUUUAGAGUUCAAAAUAGUCUACUAAUAUUGAAACAAUAUGUUGAAAAUGCUAUUUUUACUAGAUAUAUUUCAUAUAUCAAAAUGUAUUAUUAAUGUACAAAAUAUAAUCCUAUUAGCUAAAAUUUGUAAAUAAGAAAUAUAAAAUUUAAUUUAUAUUUGUAGAAUGUUUUGAUGUACAAUUAUUGCACUUUUAAGUCAACUGGCAUCUAAAUUAUCAUACAAAAUAACUAUACUUUGUAGACAUUUAAGAGUUUUGAUACAAUAAAAGUGUUGCAAUUGA